UUGAUUUGCAUAUAUCGGAAAGGUCAAUAGUUUCCUAUUGCACCACGGGAGGGUGAAAUACAAAAUGGCGACGCCCAUGGAAGAUGAUGAGCCUGUCAGCUCGGACGAUUAUUAUUCGCUCCUGAACUGUCCCAGGACGGCGACCCAAGAUGAGCUGAAGGCAGCCUACAGAAGAUUGUGCAUGGUGUACCACCCAGACAAACACAGGGAAGACGAAGACAAGCAGUUGGCAGAACAACUCUUCAACCAAGUCCACACGGCAUAUGAAACUCUUAGCGACCCCCAGAAGAGGACGAUCUAUGACAUCUACGGUAAGAAGGGUCUGGAGGUGGAGUGGGACGUGGUUCCCAGGACACGGACGCCGCAGGAGAUCCGAGAGGAGUACGAGAGACUACAGAAGGAACGGGAGGAGCGCAGACUACAGCAGAGAGCCAACCCUAAGGUGUGUUGA